AUGUCGAUUUUUGGAUUUGACUUCGAAGACCAAGAAUCCGGUUCCGAAAGCGAUUUCCAAAUGCCCGAAGAAAUGCUCAGACACUCCCCCCGAACCUAUUUUCUUCAUGCCAUGAAUUUAAGUCUUGAUCGGGUCCUGGACCAGCACGCCGAGAUUUUGGAAGUCUUCCAGGAUUUCAUCAAGGGGCGAGGGCGUUACUCAUCGAAAAGUGCUAAACAACGCAAUGGAUCUGCACACAACAACCGUCAGCUAAAAGAGGUCAUCUGUCAACUGCUCCAUUCGGUAACAGUUCUGACACGCAAUGUUCAAGAAUUCUUAUCAAAUGAUCCCAGAAAGGACCUUGAGGGUGUCCCUCACGGCGGUGGUUUUGUGGAUGGGACCGGUUGCGGGACAUUCAGCUCGCCUACCAACAACUGGAAGUUCAGAUAA